GACCAGGAAGGUACAAACUGGCCUCUAUAUAAACUCUAAACAUUUCGAACUUCAAAUCCUCCCACUCUUUCUUUCUCUCUAAACCUUUCCAUUUGUUGUCUGCAACUUUUUGGUUGCAGAGGGUUUCUUGUGAGUUUUUUACACAGUACACGCUAGCUAGUGUUUGUGUAUGUGAUUUUUGAUCGAGGGGGAUCGAGAUCAGAGGGCAGUACUUGAAGAUGAAGAAGAAUAUCAGUAGUACAGAUGAUCAAGCAUCGAAGCUUGAUAGAAAGACGGUGGAGAGAAACAGAAGAAUCCAUAUGAAAGGCUUAUGCUUUAAGCUUGCUUCUCUUAUUCCUGCUCAUCACUUCAAACCCUCCAGGGAAACGGUUACACAGCUAGAUCAGCUUGACUAUGCCACCUCCUAUAUAACACAACUGAGGGGGAAAAUAGAAAAACUAAGGCUUACGAAGGAGCGAGCUGCAUCUAGCAGUACUUCAGGUAGCAGCAGCAUGAGUACUAACAUGAUUGAUCAUAACAUGACGAUUGGAACAAGACAGCUUCCCAUCGUGGACUUGAGAGAUUUGGGUCCCUGUAUAGAGGUGGUUUUGAUAAGUGGGUUGCAGAAAAACUUCAUGCUUUAUGAAGUUAUCAGCAUUCUUCAGGAAGAAGGAGCUGAUGUUGUCAGUGCUAGCUUUUAUACUGCGGGUGAUAAAAUUUUCCAUACAAUUCAUGCUCAGGUCAAAAUUUCUAGAGUUGGGGUUGAGACUUCAAGGGUACGACAAAGAUUGCAGGAGCUGAUAUUCUGAAAUGGGGUUUCUGCAAUUACUGAUCAUAAUGAUCAUCACCCGUCCAGCCAGUACUAUCAGGAGUACUUAAUGUAGUACUAAAUUAAUUUUCAGCAUUUCUGAGUGUAUUUACUAGUAAUAUGUAAAAUUAGUAUGCUAUCAAUUUAGAUCUUGGUGUAAAUUAGAGAUGAUUGAUAUAUUUUGGGAUGAAAAUUUUCGUUUCAAUUUUGUCAUGCAUGAGAUUUUGUGGCGAAAUUGUAUUUGAUACGAUUAUAUAUAUAUAGAAUCAUCCCAAAAAUUGUAUCCAAUAUUUAUUAGAUAUAUAUGGUAUCUUCUCAUGA